AGGAGGAAGGCGUCGAUUUUGGGCAUGGCCUGUUGGUGGCUCGGGGCCGCCCUGGCCGCGCCCACCGCCCGUCAGCCAACCUUUGCGCCGCGUCCGCCGCGUCCGACACCUCCGCGUCCGACACCUCCGCUUCCGGACUAUCUGCAGAGCUUGGGCUGUGAGGUCUUCGUGAAAGGCGAGUACGUGAAGUGUGAAGGCUGCGUUUACGACGGCAGUGGCGAGGGCUCCAAUCGCAAAGUUACGCAUGAGGGCUCCCUCUCGCCUGAAGAUGCUUUGCGGAUCAUGACGCAGUCGGGCAUAGACGUCUUCAGCCAAAUGAAGAUCUCCGACAGCAAAACAUGGGAGUUCCACGGAAUCAAUUUCGACACGAAGAAAACCCCAAUCUGGGAUAGCAAACGGUUCAAAAAGGAGUCGUUGAAGUGUGGAAAGUCAGACGCCAUGGCGGUCUACAUCCGCAUGCGCAAGAAAUACGACGGCAGCGUAUUCUUCACGACGCAAGGUAGGGAUGAUUUGAAAACCAAGAAGUUGCUCCCUGCCAUGGGUAGGUGCUACACCAAUUUCGCAUACUCGAGCUUCAAGGCAACGCUCAACGAAAUGCUCGAUGGGAUGGCAAGAGAUGCGCAAAUCGUACUCGCCGAUCAGAUCCUUUCGACGAUCGUGUUCGUUCCUAUGUUGUUUCUCCCGGAAGUAGACGUGAGCAUAUCGAUCCUCUCAAAUGCCUUGAAGGAGCUCUGCGAGGGGCGCCGGCGGCAGAGCUCAGCGCGCUGAAGCGCAUGAAGCGCGCGCUCGGGUUGACAAGCAAGAGGUAGGCGAGGGGGCCUACACGCGUCCGUGACACGUCUUUCGCGCGCUCUCCAGACAGCGGGUCGGUUAGCAUCGGCGAGGCGGAGCGCCGACGAAGCACAGCACUGCGCAUGAGACGCUCAGCGCGGUGAGGACGAUGCGGCGGCCGAGGCCGCGGUAGUUGGUCGCGACGAGCUGCGCGCCUGGACUCACUCGUCGUAGUUCAGCGCCUGCCCGCCCGCCCGCAUGAUACGAUGGAUCCGCCCGCUUGAGCUGCUCUCUCGGCAGUCCUUUGUGGGCCCUGGCUGGCUCAGAGGCACUGCCGCUGGCCUUCUUUGGGGCGGGUCUGUGCGCAUCUAUUCGCGUCGCCGGUGGCGUACGCGAUGAAGGACAUGCAGACGUAAUUGAUCGGAAAGUAG